UAGAGACACAUUGUAAAUAUUUCUACCGUCCUCUUUUUUCUUUUCUUUUGUGGCGUAAAAGUAUUGCGUUGCUCAUUGGAAUAGUUUGUAUGUUUCAUUGUUCUCGCUGAUGUAUCCAGGGCUUAUACGGAAAUAAUCCCCAUGAGAUUGAUAAAGGGACAAUGGAAGUUCUAGCAUCAUCAAGCUUCUUUCUAUACAGCAGUAAUUUAUACCACGGAUCAAUUUAACUCUUUUACAUUUUUUUUUCACUCAGUUAUCAUUGUUUUCUUUUAUUUUCUUCUCCAACCAUCAUGCAAGUAACUGUACGAGCUCACUUAGUCAACACGGAGACCCAUCUCCUCAAUCUGUACGUAAACCCACAUUCUGAAACCGUCCUUCAAGUCAAACGCAAGGUGGAGAAGGAAGUUGGCAUCCUGUAUGAAAACCAGCGCAUCACAUUUAAUUCAGUCGAGCUGAAAAAUUGGCAAUUGUUGACAUACUGUGGCGUUAAGGACGGCCACGAGUUAAGGAUGGAAGAAUCGGGAAAAUCAGCCACGAGUUUCAGAGUGUAUCUUCAUAACAUGGAUGGCAAUUGUAUUAAAGUCGUGGCGGAAAGACACGAUACUGUGUACGAUUUAAAAGAAAAAUUGCAAGCGAUUGAAGGCAGUUGGUCUAAUAAGCAACGAUUAGAAUUUGAAGGAAAAGUACUUGAAGAAGAAUAUAAAACUUUAGCUGAUUGUCAUAUCCGCACAGGAUCUGAACUCACCAUGAUGCUGAUAAAAUAAAUACCAUCUGUGAUUGUAAACUUGUGUAUUUAGGAGCUAAUAAGAGGAAAUUUUUUGAUUAUUUGAGAUUAUUAUUCAAGUUUAUCAACACCUUAAUAAAUAGGAAGGACGCGUUGACAAAGUACAAAAAAAUAAAUCUGUUUUAAUACCUGAUAAACAUCUGAUCUCUUGAUUUUAGGGGUUUCCAUCAGUGAAUUUACUUCGUUUUUGAUCACAUACACUAAUGAUUUUGGGUAGCCGGUCUGCCCUAUUCUUUAACUUGUUGUACCCAUUUCCCUCGUCCCGCUAGU